UUUGAACUCAGGUUUCCUACCUCCCAAGAUUGUUAAAAUGAGUCUGCAGAAGCAAACUCCUAGUGACUUCUUAAAGCAAAUCAUCAGAAAGCCAGUUGUGGUCAAAUUAAAUUCAGGAGUGGAUUAUCAAGGGGUCCUGGCUUGCCUGGAUGGCUACAUGAAUAUAGCCCUGGAGCAAACAGAAGAACAUGUAAAUGGACAACUGAAGAAUAAGUAUGGGGAUGCAUUUACCCAAAGAAACAAUAUAUUAUACAUAAGUACACAGAAGAGAAGGUUGUGA